AUGAGGUUGGUUAUUGUUUUGGUCGCACUAUUUGGUACUGUGUAUCCUAACGCUAUACCAACUUUAAUCCAACACCAUGAGCAACAAAAAUAUGACCUGCCAUAUGAUGAAGAAGCACACAUGACUGUGCCAGAACUGAUUGAAAAGCAUGGCUACCCUGCUGAAACCUACCAGAUCGAAACCCCCGACAAUUAUUUGCUCACAAUGCACAGGAUUCCUUCAGGAGUCAUUGGGCAGAGUAACGGAAAGGUGGCCUUCUUGCAGCAUGGCCUGAUUUGUUCUUCCGCUGACUGGGUCAUCGCAGGCCCUGGCAAAGGUUUAGCUUACAUUCUGGCCGAUUUGGGUUAUGACGUUUGGAUGGGCAACGGUCGUGGUAACAAAUACUCCAGGAAUCACACCAUAUACAACCCCGAUAAAGACGCCGAGUUCUGGCAAUUCAGCUGGCACGAAAUCGGAGUCAUCGAUCUUCCCACAAUGAUCGACUUCACCUUGGAGAAAACUGGUGUCGAUAGUGUUUACUAUGUGGGACACUCACAAGGAACCACCAGUUAUUAUGUGAUGUUGAGCGAACGUCCCGAGUACAAUGACAAGAUCAAAGUCCAUGUCAGUUUGGCCCCCAUUGCUUUCAUGAAUCACAUGACAAGUCCUUUGCUUCAAAUAAUUUCCUUCUGGAGCGACGGCCUUGCUGCUUUGCUGUCAUUGAUUGGUAUGAACGAGUUCCUUCCAAGCUCCGAUUUCUUGGCGUUGGUUGGUUCGGCUUUAUGCGGCGAUGAUGACAUAACUCAGGUGUUGUGCACGAACGUGCUUUUCGUCGUUUGCGGCUUCAGCAAGGACGAGAUGAACGCCACCAUGUUGCCAACUUUGAUGGGUCACACUCCGGCAGGUUCCUCAACCAAACAAAUUUUGCAUUACGGACAAGAAAUUAGAUCAGGUCACUUUAGGCAAUUGGAUCAUGGCCCUAUUGGUAACUUGCAAAUUUAUGGAAGACUUACUCCUCCAGAUUAUGACCUUAGCAAAAUUACGGCUCCAAUUUAUUUGCUCUACAGUGAAAAUGACUGGUUGGCUGCAACUGUAGAUGUGGAUAGGCUUUAUAACCAACUUACAAACGCUCAAACGAAGGCCAAGUUUUUACUUUCCGAUUACAAAUUUAAUCAUAUCGACUUUUUGUAUGGAAUUCAUGCACCGACUCUGGUUUACAACAAAGUUAUUAGUCUUUUUGCAAGACAUUAGGUUUAAAAGACACAUGGCCAAUUUAUAUUAAUUACUGCUAAAUGGAAAAUUAAAUAAACAUUUUUAUU